AGCCACCUGCUGGGCUCAAGCAGGUUCGGCUGUGGCUUCCGCUCCACGCAGACUUUGUUAUCUUAUCUAAACCUGGACGCCCUUUUGCGAGCCAUGGCCGUGAAAGCGCUGUUCGCGUGUUCCGCCCUCCUGUCGUCGGCCUCUGGCCUGAAGGUGUCGAUGGACGCCGACGAGGGCUCUCUGGCGAGCCUCUCUGAAACGGAUGCCCGCCUGAGCCCCUCGCUGAUGGAGGCCGAGCUGCUCGACGCGGAGGCGCUAAUGCAGGAGGCCGCCUGGGCGGCGGACGAGCAGGCGGAGGAGGAGGCAGACCUCCUCGCCAACGCCAGCACCGAGGAGCCCGCGCUGCAGGAGCCGCCCGCCGACGCGCCCGAGGCCGCGCCCGAGCCCGCCGCGGAGGCGGCCCCCGCCGCCCGGGAGGAGGCGGCCGCCAACACGUCCGAGGCCUCCGCGGAGAACGCCACCGAGGAGGGCAACGCCAGCAGGGCGAACCUGUCGACGUACUUCGACCCCAAGCUGAUGGCCAUCUUCCGCGAGAAGCAGGCGCACCUGAAGGAGACGAUGAAGGACUUCAUGGUGUCCAAAAAGGAGCUGGACGUGGCCAAGCUCGCCGCCAACCUGGCGAUGAAGAAGCUCAGGCUGGCCAAGCUCGCCGCCAACCUGGCGAUGAAGAAGCUCAGUCCUGGUUUCCGCCUCCAGGGCUCCACAGAGACAGCCCUGACUGCCAUUCAGAUGCUCAGGCCACAGUGCCUGCGCAUCUUGGCCAUGGUCGACGGGAUCGCCCUGAACUUGGUGACCGGCGUGGCUUCACGCAGGUGCCUCGCGGCCGCCUCGCCGCGGCACCCUCCGCGCGGGAGGCCGCGGGAGGUGCAGGAGUCGGACCUUCCCAAGCUGAAGGAGCACGCCAAGAAGAUCUGCAAAGAGUAUGGCAAGACUAACAAGCACAACAAGAUCAAGGAGGCCCCUGCCAGGGAGAGUGGAAUACGACAGCAGCUGGGUUCAAAGCAGAGGGCAGGGCAGGUCGAAGCCGCCUACCAGCAGAUCAAGCAGAAGAUCACCCAAGAAUGCAACAGCGCUGGGGCGAAGGCGGGCUUUGCACCACAAGCGAUGCAAGCUCAGCCCUCGGAGCUGGCCAACGCGACCGAGGCGGUUGCCGACGCCCCCGCCGAGGCGCAGCGUGCGGAGGCGUCCGCCAACGCGUCUGAGGCCGUGGCCGAGAACGCCACCGAGGACAGCAACGCCACCAGGGCCAACCUCUCGACGUACUUCGAUCCCAAGCUGAUGGCGAUCUUCCGGGAGAAGCAGGCGCACCUGAAGGAGACGAUGAAGGACUUCAUGGUGUCCAAGAAGGAGCUGGACGUGGCCAAGCUCGCCGCCAACCUCGCGAUGAAGAAGCUCAGGCUGGCCACCGAGAAGCGCCGGAAGAUCCUGAUGGGCGAGCGCAUGGCGGAGGCUGAGGAGCGCCGCGCCAUCAAGGAGAACCGCCGCCAGGCCAAGACGGACAUGACGGCGCGCGCCGAGCAGCUGCUGGAGGACUCUCUGGGCGGCCUCGCGGGGGUCAACAUGAGCUACCUCGUGGACGUCGUCCUGGCCCUGCCGGAGGCGCUGCAGGACGAGGAGUUCGUGGAGGACUUCCGCAACGUGACGAAGAGGGUGGACGUGAACGUCAGGAAGUUCUUGGACCAGACCCAGCAGAAGACCACCCAGUUCGUCAAGGACAGCACCUCCGCCUCCGACGUGGAGUUGCGCUUCAUCAUGGCCAAGUUCUUCCACGAGUCGGGCUUCCGUCUCCGCGGCCUGCACCAGGACAGCCUCAAGGCCAUCCAGAUGCUCAGGCGUACCGUUCCGGAGGACCUCGAGCGCGCGCUCUUCCCCUUCCUGGGGCAGCUGAACGCCAACACGGUCCGCCUCAGGAUCAACGCCACCAGCCUCGCGACUGCGACUCCGAAGGAAGCGUGCGACCAGAUCACGCAGAUCAUGGCCAACGUCAGCGACUAUCCACUCGAGACCAUCGGCAAGGUGAUCGAGAACGUCUCCACCCGGGUCCUGCCCAACAUGGAGCGCACUCUCCAAGUGUCCCCGAACAUCACCACGUUCGUCGGCUCCUUCCUGAACAUGGCCCGCCUGGAGGUCGGCGGUCUGCAGGAGGCCGCCCACAGCAUGGUCACGCGGGCCAGCCCCAUCAUCGCCGAGAGGGUCCAGUGCACCUUCAGCGGGGCGAGCUCGCGCUUCGGCCUCGUCGGCACGGCGGCCGCGCUGGUGGCCACCUGGCUCCUGCUGUGA